AUGGCUCCAUCUCUGCACCCCCUCAUCGACAACGGAAUCACGAAGGGCCGCGAGGACUUCCCCGGCGGCAAACUCUACUGCCACUGUCCCACCGACAAAGUCGAAGUCACCCUGAGCAGCAACGUGGCACACAACCAUGCCUGUGGCUGCUCGAAGUGCUGGAAGCCCGCAGGAGCUUUGUUCUCCAUCGUUGCCGUUAUCCCCAGAAAUAAUCUGAAGGUCACCGCCCACGAGGAGAAGCUGAAGAUCGUCGACGAGAGCGCUACCAUUCAGCGUCACGCCUGUCAGUCAUGCGGUGUCCACCUCUACGGCCGGAUCGAGACAGAGCACCCGUUCAAGGGCUUAGAUUUCGUGCAUGUUGAGCUGUCCGACACGAAAGGGUGGCAGGAACCCCAGUUCGCCGCGUUCGUUUCCUCCAUCAUCGAGCAAGGUUUCAAUCCCAAGGGUAUGGAUGAGGUCCGGUCGAAGUUCAAGUCGCUUGGGCUCGAGACGUAUGAUGUUCUCUCCCCGCCUCUGAUGGAUCUGAUCGCGACCUUUACGGCGAAGAAGACUGGUGCCUUACCUGCAAAUCUAUGA